UAACUGCAUAACCUCACUUUUACACUUUGACGUUUCCUGUGUUUUUCAACGUAAAUUGUUUUUAAAAAUAAGAUUCAAAAUUUCAAAAAAGUCAUUACUGUAUAUAACAAAUGCUUCUAAUUCGUUGUUUGAGGGUUUAUAUUGAAGAUUAAUGUGUUUUCUACAGCUUGCCUAAGUAUUUUAAAGUAAAAUAAUACAAAAUUAAUAUUCUGUGAUCUUUAAAUAUAAGUAGUGAAGUUUCCAUGCACCAUGGAACAAACAGUUGUUAAAAAAGAAGCUUUCGACGAUUUCGAUAGACCAAGUACAUCUGCUGACCAGAAAAUACCUUUAGCAAUUAAACAAGAGAUUAAAGAAGAAUUGGAUGAUAGUCACAACUCCAUGGUCUAUGAUGGAUUGGGGGUAAAAGAAGAAUCAGAAGAGCAUUUUGGCGCAAUGAAGUUUGAAGCAGAAGACGAAAAAUUUCUUGACAAAGGGAGCGCCAAUGUUGUAGUAAAAAAGGAAAUACUUGCGCCAAAAAUUCUCCCAAAAAUAGUAAAAGCAAGUUACCAAAAAAGAGGUAAAGAACGUCUAAUUUGUUUCAAGAAGUAUAAGAACACUUAUAAUUUAAAAUGCCAAUUGUGUCAAUUUAUGGCUGAUGAUUUAAAAACUUUAAAUGCCCACAUCUCAAUUAUACAUAAAGAAGAAAAUAAAAUAACACAUACAUGCAUGAAGUGUUUAUACUCCACUACUAUUAAAACAAAUUAUGAUAAUCACAUCAAAUUUUGUUUCAAAUUAAAAAAUAUUAUAUGGCAUCAAUGCCGUGUUUGUCACUACAAAACUGUUAAUAAAUUUGAUUUAAUAAAUCACUCAAGAAUCCAUAAAUGCCAAUAAAGUAUCUUAACUACUGUUUUUCAAUUAUUUUUAUUUACAUUACUCCUCCUUAAUUUAGUCUUCUUGGUUGCCAGUGAUGUCAAGCUGACAUUAGGUACUACCAACUGCAAAAUAAAUCCAAGAAUCGCAAUAUAG